ACCCACUUCAGGGGAUCUUAUCAGCCCCCGCCUCUUCAUGGUGUUAGAAAUUGGAGAAUAGAAGGUAGCAGAUUGGACUUCAUUGUCGACCAAAGCCGGAUGUCCAGAGUCGUCGAGUUGCAUGAGGUGAUGAGCAUCAGUGAGCUAAAAGAAGCUGUGUUGAAUGAGUUUUCCCCGGAAGGCUCUGUAGCAUCUAUGAACCUGUUUGUAUUUUUUGGGGUGGAUGAUGACUGUACUAGGAAGGAUGGACAAGACGACAACGCACGAGAAAAUAAUACCCCCGCCUCAGGGCAUAUCAACACUGCUUCCUCAGAUGAAGUUUUGCUGUCAUCCAGGUCUGACUUUCUCGUAGUCUCUGGUGAAGGAAGCUUUUCCGGGAACGCAGGUGUAUUCUCUACGCCGUCGCAAGGGAUGAAGAGAAAAUGGCUAGGGGAUGGAUUCUCCAACAAUAAGCCGAAAGGAACCUCCGGACCGACGAAGUUCCGCGACGCCAAGCCCACCACCCUCUCUGACUUGGACGACGUAGAGAUUAUUGACAAUGUGCAGCAAGCAGAGGAGGAGUUUUUCAAACACGCCCGGCCGGUCGGUUAUGACUCUGAGUUCUGGGAUCCACUAAUAAACGACCCUCUCGGCGGCUCGGAUGCCGCAGACAUCAUGUGUCCAGCAUCCGAAGGCUUUGACGCCAAAGCUGCAUCCAUGGGGAUGCGUAGAGAGUACAUGUGCUUCAGUAACGACGUCUUUGACCGCUCAGUAGACACUUAUUCCGGUGUCAUUUACCCCAUCGAAAACGCUGCAGAUGAAGACAUCCCACCAGAGAUAAGCAAGGUAGUUCUGUUUCCCCCUAGGAGCCGUAGAGCAUCGGGCAGGAGGAAGGAAAUACGCUACCCAUCCGCUGGAGAGAUACCUGUUCCCAGAGUGAAGAAGCUGAUCCCCAACAAAAGUACGAAGUGUUUCCAACCAGGACACAACCGCAAUACAUGCUCUAAACCCACAUAA